AUGGACGAAUUCAACCGCCUCCAAAAGGACCUCCAAAAAAGCCUCCAAGAAGAAGACCUCUCAGAAGAACUCAAAGAAGAAACCAUCAAACUCGAAGAAGUCGAACAAGACCUCCUAGCCAGCGCCAAAGAAAUCGACCGUCGCGCCUCCCAACUCGAGCGCUCCCGCCUCCGCAACUCGCAAGAAACAGAAGCCAACUCCAUCGAACAAGAUGCACUGGCACUCAUGCGCGCCAACCUGACAGCCGGCAAGACGGUGCUGAAACGCUCGCACGACCUGGAUGAUGACGAGAUGGAGGCUGAUGCGGAGUCGAUGCGCUGGCAGCUGGCUCGUUUGGAACGCGAGGUGGAUGAGAUUGAUCGCCAGACGGAGGAGGCGUUGCAGGAGCAGAUUAGGAUCUUGACGGAGGGGAUUGCGUUGAGGGUGGAGGCUUUGGCGAUUGAGGGGUUGGAGGAGGAUGAGUCGGUGCUUGCCGCGGAGAUGUAUGAGAUGAAGAAGGCGUUGAGGGAGAAGAAGGUUUUGGAGUUGGCUUUGAGGUUGAAGAAUGAGAGGGAGAGGGCGGAGAGGAGGAGGGAGGGAGGUAAGUUGCGGCUUGUGACGGAUGGGGAGGGGGGAAGGGUUAAACAAGAGGAUGGGGGGAGGGUUAAGAAAGAGGAGGAUGGGGAGGAGAAGGGUAAGGAGAAUAUUAAGAAGGAGCCGAGUGAGGAGUAG